AUGUUUAUAUGUCGACCAGUAUAUGUUUAUAUGUCGACCAGUAUAUGUUUAUAUGUCGACCAGUAUAUGUUUAUAUGUCGACCAGUAUAUGUUUAUAUGUCGACCAGUAUAUGUACAUAUGUCGACCAGUAUAUGUACAUAUGUCGACCAGUAUAUGUACAUAUGUCGACCAGUAUAUGUACAUAUGUCGACCAGUAUAUGUAUAUAUGUCGACCAGUAUAUGUAUAUAUGUCGACCAGUAUAUGUAUAUAUGUCGACCAGUAUAUGUUUAUAUGUCGACCAGUAUAUGUUUAUAUGUCGACCAGUAUAUGUUCAUAUGUCGACCAGUAUAUGUUCAUAUGUCGACCAGUAUAUGUACAUAUGUCGACCAGUAUAUGUACAUAUGUCGACCAGUAUAUGUACAUAUGUCGACCAGUAUAUGUACAUAUGUCGACCAGUAUAUGUACAUAUGUCGACCAGUAUAUGUACAUAUGUCGACCAGUAUAUGUACAUAUGUCGACCAGUAUAUGUACAUAUGUCGACCAGUAUAUGUACAUAUGUCGACCAGUAUAUGUACAUAUGUCGACCAGUAUAUGUACAUAUGUCGACCAGUAUAUGUACAUAUGUCGACCAGUAUAUGUACAUAUGUCGACCAGUAUAUGUACAUAUGUCGACCAGUAUAUGUACAUAUGUCGACCAGUAUAUGUACAUAUGUCGACCAGUAUAUGUACAUAUGUCGACCAGUAUAUGUAUGUUGUUACAGGGUGGUUAACAGGGGCACCCUAA